AAGCCAACAGCUGCCAGCCCUGCACCGGGGGAUGAGAUCAAGACUGUCCCUCUUCCCCAAGGCUGGAGAUGUUACAUGUCACCCGAGGGAUGCAGGUACUACGUCAACACCGCCAGCAAAGGUAAGCCAGGCACACAGCUCCACCACAACCCUACUGACAUGCUCACUCAUGUGAGAGAAGGCUUAACAGCCUUCUCCAGUGUAUAGGUUCAAAUCUUUUUCAAUCAGAAACCAUCAGUUCCAUUUGUCAGUGUUUUGUUUGGUAACCAUAGUUUCCAGUUCUGCCGUGAAAUGCUGCCAGCUCAGAGAGCUCAUUACCAUUCCCCAUCAUCAACAUCUCUCCAGCCCAUUCAUUUGAAGGAGGGCCUAACAUCUCAUCCACUUGAAUCUGAUUAGCCCAAAUGUGUGGUGAUGGCAGCCACUGCUACAGGUACCUCAGCAGCUCAACCUAUGUGUUCUGAGGAACUCCACAGAGCCGUCCUGUGUAAUGACAUUUAAACAACCUCUGUUUACUAGACAGAAAAAACACAAUGUUGUUUAAUACCAGGGCUAAUAGGCAGCCGACCUUUAAUAGAGAUGCUUAUCGGAACCUUUUAAUUUUGUGGCAUGAUUCUGCACUACACAGAUAGAGCUGUGUGUGUGUGUGUGUGUGUGUUUGUCUGUGUGUGUGUGUGUGUGUGUGCGUGUGCGUGUGCGUGUGUGUGCGUGCCCCUCAAUGGCAUAGGAGCCAGAGAGAAAGACUGUUUCCCACAGGACAAAGCCAGGAUUCACCCACGGCAGCUCCAACACUCAGGCAGAACACUGCACCUUGGCACACCACACACUGUAGCAGAGAUAAAGAGCCAGGGGCUAUUUUAGAAAACCAUAUGCUGUAACACGCAUUAUUAUACUGAACUCUAUUAUGGACUUUAAUUCAACUGCAUAAUGAUUAAAAUGUGUUUUUUAAUUACACUGAUUAGAGAUGUUAUUUUUAAAGGGCACUUAGUUGUAUUUUCAAGCAAUUCUAACACUUUUAUUACACAAGAGCAUGUAAUGUACCGACGUUAUCAGAUCUCCAUUGUAGAUACAGUGUCUCUGCCUGAUUGAUAGUCAGAAAGCAUCUCUAACACUGUCCAGAUGUCAAAGUACUUCUUGCUCCACUAACUGGAAUUAUGUUUGAUGCCCCGGGAACAUUCUGAGAGCAUGUCAAGAAUCUCAAAGGUUUUUUCAGCAAAUCAAUCAUUCAUUUCAAUACUUUUCAUUUAAAGUAUUCUCUUCCUGUUUCUCUGUUCUCAACUGAAAGAGAACACUGACUAUCAGACCUUGAGUACACUGUAGUCGCUCGCUGUAGUGCCGUGUGACCAUGUCCUCUACAAUACUUUUUGAACAUUUCUCAAUAGUUGUGCUCUCCCCCUGUGUUCUUUAGAGUUUCAUUCAGCGUUCAGGGAAACUGUGGAACUGUGUGUCCAUUGUGCCUUACGUCUCCUAUGGCUUUAACCAUUCCAGAAACAACAUGGGAACGGCCCUCUGCCUCUUAUGGGACCCCAGUGAGACCACCGGCACAAAGGAACUCCUUACCCGAAGGUAACAUCAAGCCUCUUCUGAUUUAAAUCUACCAUAUCUAUCGAGUUAAAUAAGUGCCAGAAAUGUUGCUACAUAGAUAUAGCAAUUCCUCUUCUUCACUGUGUAGUAGCUCUACAACUGAAGCCUUAGCAAUCUAACUUGGCCUAGCUAGCUGGAACCCUUGUUGGCUUAUUUAGGGGCAUUUCAGGUGCUGCCUAUGAUUAUGUCCGAGGAACACCAUCCCAGGCCAGUAGGUGGUAUUCCACUGCUGGCGUGUUCUCUCCACACACUGGGAGAACAACCAGGGAGAGAACAUCCAGCUGUAGGGAUUUGUCAAUACAGACCAGACAAGGCUAAUCCUCCCAGGGGAGGCAGGCAGUAAUGAAGCCCAGGUUGAGAGAUCUCUCUGCCUGGCUAGUCCAGCCUGGCUCCUCCCUGGGCUCCGGAUGCCCCGGCACUGGUGAGGAGCCCCAGGAAGUUAGAGAUUGGGCGGAUUGGGGGUAAGGUUAGAGAGGGCGAAGUAGUGUUGAACAGGAAGUGGGCUCAGAUUACACUGCCUGUAUCUGAGUCCAUAACUCAGUCUGCUUGGAUAAUGCAAAGCAUUCAUGGAGAUAGCCAUGGGCUCUAGAAUGAGUAUGAUGGCAACGCCAUGGGCUCCCUAUCUGGGGCUGAGCAUUCUGUUGAUGACACCGCAGAUACCCACCUAGUGACACUUCAUACUGUUCCAUUUCAACACACUUUUGUAGUUCUGAUUCCAUGAUAUAUAUUUAUGUAUAUGUCUCUCUAACACAGUAUCCCCCUCUGAUCACUAUUCCCCUGGUCCCUGCUCCAUUAUGUGUGAGGUAGAACUCGGUCAUUAUGUCAUGUCUUUACAUGGCUGUGGUGCUCAGCUUCCCUCAGGGGUCAUUAUGUAAUGUCUUUACAUGGAUGUGGUGCUCAGCUUCCCUCAGGGGUCAUUAUGUUGUGUCUUUACAUGGCUGUGGUGCUCAGCUUCCCUCAGGGGUUAUUAUGUAAUGUCUUUACAUGGCUGUGGUGCUCAGCUUCCUUCAGGAGUCAUGCUGAUGUAAUAAUGUUCUAGCUCAUGUGUUUACCUUCAGCUGGAAAUGGGCUGCCUUGAUAUGUAGCAAGUGGACAGGCCAUGAAUCACGGCCGAUGAGGAUCCAUUAGAACCCUGUAGGAUGUGAGUAGGGAUAUUACCAUAGACAUAUGCAGGGCUGUGACACACACACACAAACCCAGACAUACACACACACACACACACACACACACACACACACACACACACACACACACACACACAGGAACAUCUCCCUUAAGGCCGUUGGCAUUAUUGUAAGGCCAUUGUUUUCUUAUUGGCCAGAGGGAGAAGGAGAUUGAAACACCUAUGAGAUAUGCUGUGUAGUGAGCCGUAGCCCAGUGAGAUGAACUGGAGCUGGGACAAGGAAGGAAUAUAAGGGGGGAGUAUAACAUUAAGAUGUCACAUUAAGACAUAAGCACAACCUGACCUUUUCACUAUAAUGGAUUGAUACACAGUCCUUCACAUGAAGGAGUUGUAUAUUCCCCAGGGUGUUUAUCGUUCUGAACUGAUUCAGUAAGUAGCGGGUUUAAUCUGUCAAUCAUCUCAAUGACAUUUAUGAUAUUUUCCCUUGUAGUCAAUGGAUCAUGUCACACCACAGGAAGUGCUAUGCAUCCCACGGACCCCCUUGGUGUGCCCCUACGCAGAGCCACUAUGGACAAACAGGUGAGACUUUCAACUCAGCACUGUAGUCUGUAAUACACUUUAUAAAAGGGACUUCACCUGAUAGACCUGUAUUUUAUCCGACCCGUUAAGUUUAUUACGGUUGGAACAUUGCAAUCAGCUCAACAUAUUGAUCGGAGUGAAAUAGUUGUCUGAUAUUGAUUUCACAUCGACAGUAAGCAGCUCAGACUCAAUAAUGGUUCCUAUGACACCUAUAACAUGUUGCAGGUAAACUAAUUCACAUUUGUACUAUUUUAAUGCAAUAAUUCACAGUUUAUUCUUGAUAUGGUAUGAUUGAAAUCCAUCGCACACAUCAAACAUUCUUCAGGACCAAAACGGUCCUCUAUGGUCCUCCACAGUCCUGUUUGAGCAGCUAUGAACCUGGGCCAAGAAAUGUUACACGCUAACCCACGUGACUAAUUACUCACCGUUAGCGAGUACCCUGUCAUCAGCUAACGGAGAAUAGAUGGACAGAUUUGGGCCAUAUGGGCAGCUGAGAUUUGGACCACGCAGCAGGGUUUGUUGUCAGCUUUUGAAACGACGCCAGCAAGAGAAUCUUACUAGCUCACACUGGGAGAACUGGGCGUCCUGGAUUUCUGUGAAAGUCUGCUGGCUGGAUCACCGUGCUCUGAGCAGCCCGGACACAUCGGUAGGUGCUGGUCAACGGCGCCAUGUUUCGGAGGAGGAAGGUGAGAGUGCGUCGACGCGAUGCGUGAAGCUGCUUUCACUGGGUUACUACAACUGACUGUGUUGUUGUGUUGGCCACUGCAGGUGGGUGUUGUAAUAAGCAGGGGAGGAGAGGAUGGGACAGUGGGGUUGUGUCCUUGGGGCGAUCACACGUACGUACUGUUGCAGCUCUGCUUUUCUCUGCACACAUGCUGCUGCCUCUGGUGGAACGUCAUCAUUAGAGAGAGAGCGAGAGACAGCGAGAGAGAGGGAGAGAGUAGAGCGAGAGAGAGCGAGAGAGAGAGUAGAAAGAGAGAGGGAGAGAUGGAGAUGGCGAGUGAGAGAGAGAGAGAGAGAGAGAGAGAGAGAGAGGGUAAGUGUGGCUGCAGCCCUGCAGACACAGAUAAACACCACACACACACGCCCUCAGGCUCCCUCCGCACUCACAUACAGUGCACUCAAACAUGCGUACAUCAAUUCUUCCGCACAUCCACCCUCUGGACCCCCACCCCUGAAAAACAUCCAAAGAUGCAUCAGCCCUCCACAAACACACCUGCCAAACACACCUCCACAAACACCCACACACUACAACAGACAUCCUGUACCCACACACUAUUAUCAUACAUCCUGUACCCACACACUAUUAUCAGACAUCCUGUACCCACACACUAUUAUCAGACAUCCUGUACCCACACACUAUUAUCAGACAUCCUGUACCCACACACUAUAAUCAGACAUCCUGUACCCACACACUAUUAUCAGACAUCCUGUACCCACACACUAUUAUCAGACAUCCUGUACCCACACACUAUUAUCAGACAUCCUGUACCCACACACUAUAAUCAGACAUCCUGUACCCACACACUAUUAUCAGACAUCCUGUACCCACACACUAUUAUCAGACAUCCUGUACCCACACACUAUAAUCAGACAUCCUGUACCCACACACUAUUAUCAGACAUCCUGUACCCACACACUAUUAUCAGACAUCCUGUACCCACACACUAUAAUCAGACAUCCUGUACCCACACACUAUUAUCAUACAUCCUGUACCCACACACUAUUAUCAGACAUCCUACACCCACACCGCUCUGAAUUGUAAUUACGCUAACACACACCCACACUAUCAGACAUCUCCCUAAACCACAUAGUCUCACACACACACACACACACACACACACACACACACACACACACACACACUAAAGCUCAUAAACACACGUGGGGCCAGAGAGGCUGUUCAUUGGUUGUGUUUUUCUUCCCCCUCCUCCUCUUUUCCUCCAACUUGCCUCUUAAUCAUAAUUAGCCUUCUAGUGAUCAUCACUCAGCCAUUUCCCUCAAACCCUGCCACCUCUCCUCUCUCCUUAUCCUCUCCUCCCUCAUUCAAAUCUCUCUCUCUCUCUCUCUCUCUCAGAGGGAGGCAUGGUGAUGGGAUGUGUAAAUAACCCCCCCCCCCCUCUCCUUCAGUCUUCCAUCGCUCAACUGAAUUCAAAGGGGCUUUAUUGGCAUGGGAAACAUAUGUUUACAUUGCUAAAGCACUCUCUCUCGCUCUCUCUCUCUUCUGCUGGCUCCAUCCAUGUGUUGUCUCAGUGGUUUUCAAUAUGGACAGUAGGGAGACACAAGGCUCCUGGCUGCAUCCUUCUCCCCCGGCCGUCAACCUCCAGACUCGGGUGACAGCAGCUUAACCGGAGGCUAGCUUCUUCACGCUCCUAGGACUGCGACCAACCGCCUCCACCCCCUCCCCUCCACACCUCCCCCCUCCCAUCUCCCCAGCCCCGUACUCACCCCCCCCCCCCCCACCCCCCUGUGACGCGUCUCCACUCGACUCACCACAUCAGGCAGGCAGCAGGCAGGCAGUGAGAGGCAGCCUCAGUUGCAGGAGCAGGGAGAGGAGCAGGGGGAGAAGAGGCGUUGUGUGAUGAUGGAGGCGGCCAGCUUUGACAACGAGGAGAGCUUUGACGUUGACGAUGCCUCCUGUCUCUCCCAACAGAACCCGGGGAACAACUCCCCAGCCAAGAGGCAGAACAAGGUGAUCAAGGAGACCAAGAUAACAGUGAGUACCCUGGAGCUCCAAACCCAGAACCUCUCCAUCUCACUACCUUUUUCUCUCUGUGUCUCCCUCACUCUCUCUUUCUCUCUCUGUUGUUCUCACUCUCUAUCUCUCUCUGUUUCUCUCUCGAUCUCCCUCCAUCUCUCCUUUUCUCUCUAUCUCUGUCUUCCUUACACACUCUCUCUCUCUCUCUCCCCCCCCCCCUCUCUCUCUCUCUCUCUCUCUCUCUCUCUCUCUCUCUCUCUCUCUCUCUCUCUGUUGUUUCUUUUCUCUCUCAGAGCAGCAGCAGCCUCAGACUGUGUUUAAGAUACAGAUCCUGAGCACAAUUCAGUCAUUACACCAGGGAGAAACAGCAGAUGUGACAGAAUGUUUAUUUUUAGCUAGGAUGAUUCCCUUUCGAGAUAAUUGAACAGAAGGAAGAAGAUAAGUGUUUUUACCUGACAAUGGGCUAGAUGUGUGUGUAUUUCAUUCGACCAUCUGUCAACGUUAAAAUGUACUGCAUCUACCCAGUAUGCUACAGUGUGUCCGUGUAGCAGUGUAGUCUCUGUGUUUGGCUGCAGAUCUCUGUGGAGUAAUGGGGGAAGCCACAGUGCAGGAACACUGCCACCACACCAAACAGCCUAUUGGAUAGAACAUUAGUCUUAAUCAGUGGGGUUUCCACAGGUCAACUGCUAAUCUGUUUCUCAUGGACGGUACUGUGUCUACUCCAUUCUAUUGAUUUAGGUCAGUCUUGUGGGUUUGGGACUGAGGCUUGCAUAAGCAAUGAAGAGUUUCAGAUUUUUCUCAGUUCACAGAAGCUGGCGCAGACUUUGAGUAACAAUAGGUCUCCCAUGCAGCAAAGUUAUUUUGUAUCAUGUAUGAUGUAUGGGUUUUGAUUUUCUUGAAAAGCCGAAGACCUUUGUAGCUGACAGUUGACAUCUCUGGGUAUAUUUAGAGCAUAUUUAUCUCUGACAGAUCCAGAAUCUGACUAGUCCUCUGAGUCUUCUUCUCUAGAAGCCGUAGAAAUGUAUUAUAUGUGUGUAAUGCUGUAUCCCUCCCAACCCCCAAUGGUCCACACAUCUAGCUGCAGGCCAAUGCAGUUCACCCAGGACUGCAGUCACCAAACCACAACGUUUAUAUGGAAGUCAACACUUCCACAUUGCAGCCAUGAUUCUAAUUCUGUUCUCCUCUCCAUCAACAACAGCUAAUGCAAACAUUUACAUCACACAAGCAGCUUGAAUUCCUAAUUAUAACUCACUACUCCCACGUAUCCAUAACAAGCAUUUAUUAAACUCAUUAUACUCAGAAAUGUAUCAAACUAAUUUCUAGCAAAUGAGGGAUUUGAGUGGACCACAUGUAACCAGAUCUAUGUAAAACAUCCCUCAGAGAGUCUAAGUUGUUCUGACACUGGCCCUGGUGGUUAUGUAACCUAUGGGUUUAUAAUGAUGAAUGUGUGGAGGAGAUGGUGAGUGCUGGGCUGAGGGCUAACAGACAGUUCUGUGUGUUCCCAGCGUUGGUUCUGCUCGGUGGGCUCACUGACCUGCUCCAGCCACGGGAGCUGUCAGUCUGCCUUUUGUGAAGCCCCACAAACCUGCACCGAGAGAUGCAGCAAGGCCAGUUUCCAUGGUUACAAAAGCAAUAGCACAUUGAUUAAUGGUGCUGAAAUGGAAAACGCUGCCAUAGGAAACACUGGAGCCAUUCAGAAAACGAAUUGAAUUGAUAUUGUGGAAAAAUAGUUGUUAUUUUUUUGUUUUUUUAUAUAUAUAUAUAUUUUUUUACAGGUGAGCUUUGUUUUGAUAGGGCUUGAUUGAUGGCAUUGUUGACAAAGGAUUGGGGUGCUCUUGUGCACAAAGGAGUCAGUGUACUAUCCAAUCCUACAUAAGCCAUGAUGGUUACUGUGCUUUUCUAGUCUGUACACAUCCCCAACAUUUAACCAUGAUGUCAUAUCUCCAUGCUGCUUUCUGUAGAAAUAGGAAUGGAUCAAGCACUGAAGAUCUCUAGACUACUAGAUUAGGCUGCAUUCAUUCCAUUAUUAUGCAGUUUUGUACUUUGCGGUGUAAAGAGAAAUCGUAUGAAUGGGUAAUUGGUCUGUGAUAAGUGAUAUUCAUGGCUUUGUUCAUUGACUCAUUCAUUGCGUAGAAUAAAUGGUGUCGUGUAAUGAUGGAAUAAUGGGAGGUUGUAGUCGUUGAUGCUGUGUAUGGUGCUCAUCAUGAUGUCAGUCCAGGAGGGUGUUUUUCUGUUGUGCCAUGAUGCAUGUUGCAUCACGCGACCUGUCUUUCAGUUGUCAUGGACAGGUGAAUGACUUUAACGUCCACCACUGGAGCAUGUCUCAGAUCCCAUAUGGGAUGGAUCAUGGCUCCUCCAUCAGAAACAGUGGAGGAUGCUGAAGGGAGGAUGGCUCAUAGUAAUGGCUGGAAUGGAGUGAAUGGAACGGUGUGUUUAAUGUGUUUCAAUCCAUUUUAAUGAGACUAUCCUCCUAUUUAAUGUAGCACCAGCCUCCACUGAUUUGAGACCAGCAGAGCUGUAACCUUGUUGUUACCUUGUCUCCUCCAUAUUAUGAGGCUGGACCUGAGUGUGAUGGAAUGAACAUGCACAGGGCUGAAAGCAUCUGAAUAGCCGUCCAUGUUUUCCACCUCAUUAAACAUACUCACUCAAGUGCUGUUUGACUUGUUGUUAUGCUCUGUGCUGAGAAGAAAGAAUAACAGCUGGUUAGAGUGUCACCUGCUGUCGUUUGGAAGAUUCAGAUGGGUUAUUUUGAUUAUUAUUAUUUAAAAAAUGUUUUAGGAAAGCGGUCACGCAAUAUUCACUCAUUAAAUUAAUGAGUGAACACAGAGUUGGAGGAAGCCACAGCAUACUGAGAAUAGUGGAGGAUGUCUUGGAGUCUUUUGUUAUGGGGGAUUGCGCCUUUACAGCAAAAGUAAUUUGUCGCUUAGCAACAGUGGCUGAGCACCCUACAGUCUCAGUAAUGGUUGAGACAGUCAAUACUCUGCCUAUAAUUAAGUGUUUUUAGGUUUCUAGCAUGCUUGCUGGUGUGUGUGUGUGUGUGUGUCUUUGUGUGUGUGUGUGUGUGUGUGUGUGUGUGUGUGUGUGUGUGUGUGUGUGGUGUGUGGUGUGUGUGGUGUGUGUGCGUAUGUGCCGGGGGAAGGGUUAUUUUCUGAUAGUGUUACCUAAGGUGGCUAGAGAUGUAUGUGUUGACUUGACAGUGUCUUAUGUCUUUAAGCAUGGGUUAUUUUCCAUGCUGUCAGUGAUAUUUGUGUCUAUUCAGCAGAGAUAAACCAUUCCAAUGUGCGAUGUCUAGUUCACAAUUGAUAAAUGUCCAGGCAAUAAAUUAACCUUUCUAAAUUUGCCUCAGAAUUUAGGGUAGACAUGACUGUAUAAUGAAUGCAGGUAGAGGACAGACUGUCCCUCUGGUUGAUUAGGCAAACUGGCACUUGUCAACACUGUCUGCUGUUAGGAGAAAGUGUAAUUAGUCUGUUCUAAACUACAGGAAGGUCCAUACACCAUGUGAGUCAUUCAUAAGCAAGGACCCUGCCUGGCUCCCUUAGAAUCUCCAUAACCCUGUCAGGCUGAACCAUAACACCUUCAAUUUGCUGACCAACUAAAAAUCUGUCCAAAAACAUAAACUACUAUAAACCACAUAGAGUGCUAACAGUGCGUAAAAAUUCUCCCUGAUUUUCAUAGAGGCAAUGAAUAUUAAUCUCUGAGUCCUAACAGCGUAGCAACUCACUAAGAGCCCAUAAAAGAGUAGUGAGCUAUUGAGACAGCCAUGCUGCAGAUAAAUGGUCUCACUUUCUGGAGGAUGUGAGCAGGAGAUAAACAACAGCAGUGAUAGAUGGCGAGUCAGUGUUAUGGAAAAUCUGGUGCCCAUAACAAUCAGUAGGAUCUCUCAGGCAGAAAAUGAACAAAGUGACUGGGCUCCACCAAGUAUGUACAGUGGGGGAAAAAAGUAUUUAGUCAGCCACCAAUUGUGCAAGUUCUCCCACUUAAAAAGAUGAGAGAGGCCUGUAAUUUUCAUCAUAGGUACACGUCAACUAUGACAGACAAAAUGAGAAAAAAAAAUCCAGAAAACCACAUUGUAGGAUUUUUAAUGAAUUUAUUAGCAAAUUUUGGUGGAAAAUAAGUAUUUGGUCAAUAACAAAAGUCCCUCAAUACUUUGUUAUAUACCCUUUGUUGGCAAUGACACAGGUCAAACGUUUUCUGUAAGUCUUCACAAGGUUUUCACAUACUGUUGCUGGUAUUUUGGCCCAUUCCUCCAUGCAGAUCUCCUCUAGAGCAGUGAUGUUUUGGGGCUGUCGCUGGGCAACACGGACUUUCAACUCCCUCCAAAGAUUUUCUAUGGGGUUGAGAUCUGUAGACUGGCUAGGCCACUCCAGGACCUUGAAAUGCUUCUUACGAAGCCACUCCUUCGUUGCCCGGGCGGUGUGUUUGGGAUCAUUGUCAUGCUGAAAGACCCAGCCACAUUUCAUAUUCAAUGCCCUUGCUGAUGGAAGGAGGUUUUCACUCAAAAUCUCACGAUACAUGGCCCCAUUCAUUCUUUCCUUUACAUGGAUCAGUCGUCCUGGUCCCUUUGCAGAAAAACAGCCCCAAAGCAUGAUGUUUCCACCCCCAUGCUUCACAGUAGGUAUGGUGUUCUUUGGAUGCAACUCAGCAUUCUUUGUCCGCCAAACACGACGAGUUGAGUUUUUACCAAAAAGUUAUAUUUUGGUUUCAUCUGACCAUAUGACAUUCUCCCAAUCCUCUUCUGGAUCAUCCAAAUGCACUCUAGCAAACUUCAGACGGGCCUGGACAUGUACUGGCUUAAGCAGGGGGACACGUCUCGCACUGAAGGAUUUGAGUCCCUGGCGGCGUAGUGUGUUACUGAUGGUAGGCUUUGUUACUUUGGUCCCAGCUCUCUGCAGGUCAUUCACUAGGUCCCCCCGUGUGGUUCUGGGAUUUUUGCUCACCGUUCUUGUGAUCAUUUUGACCCCACGGGGUGAGGUCUUGCGUGGAGCCCCAGAUCGAGGGAGAUUAUCAGUGGUCUUGUAUGUCUUCCAUUUCCUAAUAAUUGCUCCCACAGUUGAUUUCUUCAAACCAAGCUGCUUACCUAUUGCAGAUUCAGUCUUCCCAGCCUGGUGCAGGUCUACAAUUUUGUUUCUGGUGUCCUUUGACAGCUCUUUGGUCUUGGCCAUAGUGGAGUUUGGAGUGUGACUGUUUGAGGUUGUGGACAGGUGUCUUUUAUACUGAUAACAAGUUCAAACAGGUGCCAUUAAUUCAUGUAACGAGUGGAGGACAGAGGAGCCUCUUAAAGAAGAAGUUACAGGUCUGUGAGAGCCAGAAAUCUUGCUUGUUUGUAGGUGACCAAAUACUUAUUUUCCACCAUAAUUUGCAAAUAAAUUCAUAAAAAAUCCUACAAUGUGAUUUUCUGGAGAAAAAAAUUCUUAAUUUGUCUGUCAUAGUUGCACGUUGCGUAGAGUUGCUUAGCGUUGUGUAGCGUAGCGUUGCGUGCCAUGCGUUACAUUAGAAGGAGUCUACGACACUUCUAUGUGUGUGUUUCUACCACUGUAUCUUCUGUGGUGUGUGGAAGCAUACAUAUAUGCAGACUUUUAGGUGUGUGUGUGUGUGUGUGUUUGUGUGUGUGUGUGUGUUCGUGUGUGUGCGUGUACAGUAUGUGAUGUGUGUGUUCGUGUGUGUGUCUUUGAAUGAUGCAUCUCCUUUCUCUUGCCUGUCCGUAUGUGGGUGUUUGUGCAUACAUAAUAGAUGUCCAAGGGGAGAAGAUCAUGUAUCUCAAGUCAUUGAUAGAACUGCUUUCAAGCAGGAGCUGGAGAUUUCUUACACUGCAGACGGCUGGUUGCCUUCAGGAAAGAAUGGAGCUCAUGUUUGUAUUUAUUACAGAUUAAGAAUAGGUUUUAUGGCUUGCUUCCUUCAGUUUGACUAUUUCUUCUCAGCCAGUUCUCCAAAUCUCUCCCUAAUUCUAAAUCGUUUGAACUCCCAAUAGGCUCAAUGAUUUGCAACACAAAGCUUCAAACAAUGUCAUAUUUAAUUAAGCAAAUAUGGUAAUCAGCGAGUAGAAGUCUUAUUAUCUUUUGAAACUAUUGCACAGUAUAUUUUUUCCUUGUCAUGCUGUAGUUUAGCCAAGCAGUGAACAUGUAAUACAUAUUUGUGCAUCUGAGAUUCAGCAUGUCCAUGUCGUCUGCUGGGACAGCAUUGGCAGUAUGGCAUAGAUAGAGGGCAUGUUGUUGUGCCAGCAGGGAGAGGUUACAGAUGGUGAACAUUACAUAAUUGCUGUCCUCUAAGGGUAAUUGAAGACGCUGUGUGUAUUCAGUCUGAGUGCUGGGUGUGUUUAGUUGUGACUCUGCUCUACAGUGGUUUGGGUUGUUGUUGGUUGUAUCACUGAUUGUAGGUCUUUUUUUUCUUUAUUUUUUUAACUUCAGUUUAUUUAGUCAAUAUUUUCUUAACUCUUAUUUUUCUUAAAACUGCAUGGUUGGUUAAGGGUUUGUAAGUAAGCAUUUCACGGUAAGGUCUACACCUGUUGUAUUUGGCGCAUGUGACAAAUAUAAUGUGAUUUGAUUUCUCUCCGUUAUAGUGUUGUUUUAGUUUAUCACAAAUAAGUGAAAGGAUCGUAAGCCCCCCCCCCCCCCCUCUCUUUUCUCUCUCUGGGUCACCAUCUUGAUGACCAACACCCCCUGAGAGUAUUGACUAAUUCCUGACCUUUACUCCCGUCCUCAUGACACAGACACAAACCGAGCCUCCAUGUCCUGUUUCCAAAUGAGAAGCUUCUAUGCACAACUCCCACAAAUUCCACAUUUGAUGUCUGUUCUAACCAUCGUGUUUUCAACACAUUAAUUCCUGAGAGUUGAAGCUAAUUAAUCUCUUACCCUCCUCCUCCUCCUUUCUUUCUUCCUCUCCCUCUGAUGUCUCAAAGAAACCUCUCUCACUUGUCUCUCACUCUCUUGAAUUCGUCUCACCAUUUUUUGCAUUCAGAUCAACUGCGUCACCUUUCCGCUGCUCAGUGUGACACCAGAUCAGCCAGAGCAGCAGCUUCUGAAGCCCAAUGAGUGGAGCUACUGUGACUACUUCUGGGUAAGAUAGAGCCUGACAUCUCUAAACCACUAUCCAGCUCAUAGAGGAAGAUCCCUACUGCCUAUGUUUAUAGGAAUCUCAGCGCUGUUACAUAUGACUUUGAAUCCAAUAGGGUAGAUUUUGUCUGUCACAUUAACGCCGACUCAUGUGUCUACAAACAUGAUUGUAACAGAAGCCUCUUUUCACUGAACUGUGAUGUGGAUGGUUGUUCUUGCUCCACUGAGUCAUGUUCUCUGUGGCUGUCUUUAUUUCCUGUGGCAUAAUGUGCUCCACUCAGCCGCCGCUCAAGCCCAUUGUGUGAAAUCAAUAUGUCACCUCUGGUUCACGUGGUACCAGCACAUCACUCCCUGUCGCAUCCACAUCCUGUUACACAUAGUGGGAUGUGCUGCUCCUUGUUCAACCCUUAGACACACACGCGCAAAUGACGCACACACCUACUCCUUAGCACAUACGUGUAGUUCUCUGACUCAUACACAUACAUUUGACUUUUUUAGUCAUUUAGCAGAAGCUCUUAUCCAGAGUGACUUACAUUAGUGAGUGCAUACAUUUUCCCGUGCUGAUCCCCCGUGGGAAUCGAACCCACAACCUUAGCGUUGCAAGCGUCAUACUCUACCAACUGAGCUACACGGGACCUCUGCACGGGACACUCUGACUCCCCACCACCCCUCACCACUCACAUACACUUAAUGUAAACAAUGUCAUUUUCUCCAUGAAAUGAAGUCUGUGGCUGUAUUGGUCUGUGUGUGUGAGUGAUGCUCCAUCCUCUCCCUCAGACUGACAAGAAGGACCCCCAGGGGACCCCCUCUGUGGGCGGCUUUGAGGUGUUGCUGCAGAAACAGCUGAAGGGCAAACAGAUGCAGAAAGAGAUGGCUGAGUUCGUCCGGGAGAGGUAACACAACAUAGACAGCUUGGAGGGGGUCAGUGGUACUGUGUAUGAUUUUGUAUCUAUGUAUUUUGUGGGUUGGGAAAUGUUAUUGAUUGUCAUUGUCUUAUCUUUUUUGAUGGUAAUCUUAUUUGGACUGUUGUUCAUGUCUUAUCAGGGUAUUAUCAUGUCAUUAUCAUUUUGUUAUUGUAGUGCAUGUGUUAUUUUGUCCUUGACAACCUGGCUCCACUAUAUAGUAUCUAUUCAUAUAUUUACAUUGUAUUCAUUUAGCAGAUGCUCUUAUCCAGAGCGAUUUACAGGAGCAAUUAGGGUUAAGUGCCUUGCUCAAGGUCACAUCGACCGACUUUUCACCUAGUCGUCUCGGCGACUGGCCCAACGCUCUUAACCGCCAGGCUACCUGCUGCCCCAGGUAUAUCAUCCCUAUGAACAUUUGAAUUCAGAUAAAUGUGUUGUACCGUACUAGGUUUAUAACGUUAAGUUGUAGAUGUACAUACAGUUGACAUCCUAAACAUACGCUUUCAAUAGGCCCCACUUUGCGCCCACAACAAAAGUCUCCAUUGACUCAAUAGACUUGAGAAUUAAGUGAACUUUCACUUUAUCCCCUGACCACAUUCACACAAUUCAUUUAAAGGCCCCUUUCCCCCAAAUCCAAAUUCAGGGCUGACCUUUCUUCAUUGGUUCAGUGUGCCAGCUGACCUUAGUAAAUUGUGAUGUCAGAUUCUGGCCAUAUCCAUGUCUUUGGAAUGGCCUUCAUGACCUUCCGUAGAGGACAGGUUUACUGAGAUGUGUAUAGUUAAUGGGUAUUCGUGGGAUAUUUGAAUGUCACAGAAAUAUGGCUGGCCUUUCUGAGUCACCCUCAGGGUGGCCAUGAGUAAAUGGCCUCACCUCAUUCCAAUCUCUGGCCUUUCCACAGGAAAGUGCAUUAACUCACAUCCAGGCUGUUGUUACAGGAUAUUGUUUGAUAUUUUCUCUCAGCAUAGAAUAAUAGGCUUCUGCCUUUGAAUAUCACAGAGGCCACAGUGCUGUAUGUCUUUGGGUGUCAGUGAUGUAAUGGAGGACAGUGUCUCCAUGCCCCAAUGCUCCUUUGAAACUCUGUUAGCUUUUAAACAUUUUUCUCCUCUAUUCAAAAACUUUUGGUCUUCCCUCGAGUCCCAAACACAUGGCUGUGUUUGUCUGUUGCAGGAUAAAGAUUGAAGAGGAAUACUCUAAGAACCUCUCCAAGCUCUCCCAGAGCCCCUUGGCUGCUCAGGAGGAGGGGUGAGGGAGUUAAUAGAAUAGCUUUCGAUUCUUUCUAUAUUCUUCACCAUAAACCUGGUUGCUGCCUGGGUGUUUUCCCAUCCAUUCUGUCCAGUUUGGUUGAUGUCUCUUGUUUGAUCCCAUUCCAGAACCCUUGGGGAGGCUUGGGCCCAGCUGAAGAGGAGUUGUCAUGAUGAGGCUGAAGUCCACCUCAAGUUCUCCAACAAGGUAGCCUGCUGUCUCGCUAAAAGAUACUGUGGAUCGCAUGUUAUAGAUUGCAUGUAAUGUAACAGACAGAGAAAAUUCAAAAAUCUCCAUGUGAACUCAUGGAAGUGGACAACAUCCAUGCUUCACUCAUACCUUCAAUCAACAUUAUAAGAUGUAUUUUCUAUGAGCUAUAGAGCCCUUAGAGAAAGCUUAGUUGGCAGUCAGUUUAUUUAUGUGUUCCUUUGGUCAAUCCAAGGUCUCUCUGACCACGUCCUGGGUGUUUGUUUACCUCACUCUGGUCUGACAUGGGCAAAAAAGAAAAAAAAGUGUGGGGCUUACAGCAGCAAUUACCAGUGAAGCAAAAACUCUACUGGGUCUGAAGAAAGCUUAAAAUAAAGCAGAGGUAGCCUUAAAGCUUUACAUAGCCUCCAUUGUCUGACUAAUUAGUGGUGUCUUCUGAUGAGCCCCAUUCCGUGGAAAUGCAGCACGCCAUGAUCCCCUCUCCUCUGAGCUCGGAGACACCACAGCUGAUGGGAUGGGGAUAAGUAACGUGUGGUCAAGCGGAAAAGUGAGAAAUCCUCUUGAACGUAUAGUGGCCUAAGUGUACUUUUCAUGACUAUGUUCAUCCAUGCUUUAUGCAGCUAGGUCACAUAUAUCCUGUAUAGGCCUACCAGGACUCUAAAGCUGUUUAUUUAUAUAGUAGUUACAUAGGCAGGUACAAUGUAGUUACAUUGUAGUUACACAUGAUUACAUAUCAAUUACAACUGUAAUAACUGUCCCUCUUCAGCUCCAGUGUGAGGUGGAGAAGCCCCUGCUGACGUUCAGAGACAACUUCAAGAAGGAGUUGAAGAAGUACGAUCACCACAUCAUAGACCUCAGGAAGCAGCUGGCCAGCCGCUAUGCAGGCGUGGAGAAGGUAUUGACCACUCUAAACCAAAGCAUCCUAUAACCCUUGUCCUACAAUUCAGGUUUUCCCAGAGAAGUUUUAAAUUAUCCAAAAAUAAAUGUCAGAAGAAGUGGUUUAGGGAUGAUCUGACUACACCACAGCAUUAUUCUGUUGGACUAUUGAAACCAUUCAAUGUAUUAUAAGAUUAACCGUUUUUGCUCUGAAAAAAUCUGUUGCUUUUUGUUGCCUAUCUUUCUCCCCAUGGUAAUCAUAUAGAUUAGAUAAAUCAAUCGAUUGGCUUCAUGCAAGCAUAACGUCCCCUUGGUUUUAUUUUAGUUGGCAUCCAUUUAACACAGGAGAUUUUGUGGGUUUACGGUUCGUGCCUGCCAAGUGCUGUGUUUACAUUUCCAAUACUGUUACAUCAUGACCAUGGAGAGUUGCCUCAACAGAUGAGAUGAAGGAAGAUCCUGUGAUGUGAAAUAACAAUAGAUUAAGGGGAAAUAGGUAGCCGACACGAAAGGGCUGUGAUGACUGAGGUAAUAGCUGUAGGUUCAGUAGAUCUGAGGAUGAAAUGAUUCAUAUUGUUUCUGUAUUCACACUGCUGCUUGUGUUGCUGUAGGCCCGUAGAGCCCUGGCAGACCGGCAGAAAGAUCUGGAGGUGAAGACCCAGCAGCUGGACAUCAAGCACAUGAACAAACACGAGGAGGACAUCAAGAAGGCCCGGCGGAAAUCCACACAAGCAGGUCAGAGAAACCCGGGUCAGGGGUUAAGCACACAACACAUCAUAUGUAGAGCAGCCACAUUUCACAGUUCCAUGAAACAUCAACAUAGUUGUGCAGAUUGUGCCCCCAGAGAGGAGAGAACAUGCACCCUAAGCAUGCUGCAUUCUCAGGUGUGCUUUUUAUUAACUUACCACAGUGUACUUUUAAAGGCAACAAAUCGCCUCUCUCCUUUCAAAUCUGAGCCGUUCAAUUCACCCACAGCUGUGUUUCUUGAUAAAUCAGCCCUGCAUUGCUGAGCAGCCGCUUUUAUGUUGCGUAAGCCGCUUUUGAGGCCACUCUUGCGUUGCACGCAAAUUGCCUAUCCUUGUGAUGUUGUGCUGCCAUUGUGUAAAGUUGUGGUGGUGUUUUCAUCAGCAGCAAGAGGCGUAGCCGACAGGGUGAGAACUCUGUUAAGGGAAGCACCCACUGGCACAACACCAGAAACCAUUGCAAAAGAGAGCCAGUAGUAUUUCAACAUGGAAACAAGUUUAAUGAUCUAUUUUUGCGGUGGGAUAAUAAGCCCGCUGGGAGAGGACCAUUACCCACAAUCCCCAGGGCUAAUCUUUUGGUCGCAGUGAACAAGGGUAUCAAUAGAGGACUUGUCCCGUCCGGACCAGCCAGGCAUCCCAAACAGUCAGAUCUGGCAACAUGGACCACAUGGCGGGGCCUGUAGUGUAAAUGGAACAGAGACAUGGGUGCGACCAGUGCAGAUAUGUUUCACACGCUCAGGGUUCAGACUUGGGGGGAGAUUCCCAGACUGUGUUGCCUAAGAAGACAGUGUUUUCCCAAGCAGGAGGCAGAGGGGGUGAGGUGGGGCUGUGCUGCAGUCAGAUAGGGAAUGUGGGGGCGUUCAGUCAGAAAUGGAUGGGAUUUGAGAGCUCAGACAGGAGGCUGACAAAAAAAAACAUUGCAAUAUCAUGUGCUUAGGAGACAAACACAUCUUGCUUUGAAUUUAUAUUUGAAUGUGGAAUCAUAGUUGGCAUGUUCAUAGUGAAUAUGCUUAAUUCAUGAGGCUAUGAUCAGCCAUGCAGUACAACGCCUGGGGCUCCCAUUUCUCUGUAUUGUAGAUAGUAUGAUGGUACAAACAGUUCUGGUGCCAAGGUCGUAAUUGCUUUUUCCGUACAUAUCUAUGCACACACUUUAGAGGAAAAAGUAAAUUAUAAAAGCCAGCAUCUUGUUCAUUCUCUCUCCCACUCAGAGAAUUAGUCUCAGUUCACAGCUCUAAUCAAUAGCUCACGUCAGGCACACUUUAGAUGACGUCUGCCUUGUGUCUAUCAUUUUUUCCAGAGGCAAAUGUCAUUAAAAACCCUGACCUCAUUUCCAUAUAGAUUGAGAUGUGCUAUUAUUGGAGAGGCUGGAUUGUAAAAUAACUUCCUCCGUAGUUUUGUUUUAGGUUGUUUCUUACACCCUUUCUACAGUAGGCGUUUGUAAUGCAUGUCUAAUAGAUUGAUCUGAAAUGUAGAAGAACGUUUCCAUACUAGGUCACAUUUGCUUUGCACUUUUCUUCAACCCUAUUGAACCAAGCUUUUAUAGAAUUAGCAUCGGAGGUUAGCCUCUGCAUUAUGUUGCAUCAAUAGUCUCACACCGCAACAGGCAUGGUUACUGAGUGCCCUCUGCUGGAGACAUAGGGACUGAGUACAUGCACGCCUUUCCUCAUACAUACGUUAAUUUAGGGCAUACAUUUAAUGUAGUAAAUACAUUAAGGCCGUAGUACUUCAUCUUUAACUACAUCAGUGUAACUGCAAAUGUCUACCAGCAACUUAAUGUUGAGUUGAGGUCUAGUAUUACCUCCUUGUCAAACACACUGUGUUGAAUGACCACUCUGUAUCUGUUCUCUACAGGUGAUGACCUCAUGCACAAUGUGGACCUGUACAACCGGGCCCAGUCCAAGUGGUUUGAGGAGAUGGUCACCACAAGCCUGGUAAUACAAUUGAACUAACUCUUCAUAGUGUCAUUGUUGAUAACAAACAAUAAAAGCUGAUCAUGUUCAUUGUUAUCUUUGUUUUGACAGUGAGGUUGAUUCCUUGUCUAUUUAUUUUUCCUCUGUUCUUCAGGAGCUGGAGAGACUUGAGGUUGAGAGGGUGGAGAUGAUACGACAGAAUUUAUGCCAGUACACAACGUUGCGACAUGAAACUGACAUGUUCAACCAAAGUGUAAGUCAUGUGUCCAUUUCACUUACAGUACAAGUGGCUGUUCCCUGGAGUCAGUUUACAGUACAAGUGGCUGUUCCCUGGAGUCAGUUUUACAGUACAAGUGCUGUUCACUGAGUUAGUUUACAGUACAAGUAGCUGUUCACUUGAGUCAGCCUUACAGUACAAGUGGCUGUUCGCUGAGUCAGCCUUACAGUACAAGUGGCUGUUCGCUGGAGUCAGACACCAAUCUGUCAGUAUGACAACCUGGACUCAAGGGUAGAAUACAGUAACCGUAACAGCCCUAGACGUAACAUAGUAAAAGUAAAUCUGGGACAUCCCAAUUAGUAUGAUAUGUUACAUUUCGUAUGGUAUGUGUUAAUUUGUAGCUGUCCAUCAUCCAUUUCGUAUGAUAUGUUACGAAUUACAAUUGUAUAAUAUUGAUGAAUUGCAAUUCGUACAAUAUGUUACGAAUUUGCCAAACAUAUGAUAUGUUACGAAUUAUGAAUGAUAAUGUUAGCUAGGUGGCUAAGGCUAGGGGUUAGGGUUAGGGGUUAAGGUUGGGGUUAAGGUUAGGGUUAAGGUUAGGGUUAGGAGUUAGGUUAGAGGUUAGGGGAAGGUUUAGCUAACAUGCUAAGUCAGGGGAUUCCAACCUUUUCUGACAUGAGAGCUACUUUAAAAAAUGAAACAAUGUCGCGAGCUACUAAUUAUUUUCUAUCUUUAAAAUAGGCACAUUCUUCUCUUCUCCUCUCCCCUGCAACUCUUCCCCAGGUCCUUAGUGUACAAGAGAAAGUAGUGCAGUAUGUUUUCUGUCAAUAUACAGUGAGGGAAAAAAGUAUUUGAUCCCCUGCUGAUUUUGUACGUUUGCCCACUGACAAAGACAUGAUCAGUCUAUAAUUUUAAUGGUAGGUUUAUUUGAACAAUGAGAGACAGAAUAACAACAACAAAAUCCAGAAAAACGCAUGUCAAAAAUGUUAUAAAUGUAUUUGCAUUUUAAUGAGGGAAAUAAGUAUUUGACCCCCUCUCAAUCAGAAAGAUUUCUGGCUCCCAGGUGUCUUUUAUACAGGUAACGAGCUGAGAUUAGGAGCACACUCUUAAAUGGAGUGCUCCUAAUCUCAGCUUGUUACCUGUAUAAAAGACACCUGUCCACAGAAGCAAUCAAUCAAUCAGAUUCCAAACUCUCCACCAUGGCCAAGACCAAAGAGCUCUCCAAGGAUGUCAGGGACAGGAUUGUAGACCUACACAAGUCUGGAAUGGGCUACAAGACCAUCGCCAAGCAGCUUGGUGAGAAGGUGACAACCGUUGAUGCGAUUAUUCGCAAAUGGAAGAAACACAAAAUAACUGUCAAUCUCCCUCGGCCUGGGGCUCCAUGCAAGAUCUCACCUCGUGGAGUUGCAAUGAUAAUGAGAACAGUUAGGAAUCAGCCCAGAACUAAACGGGAGGAUCUUGUCAAUGAUCUCAAGGCAGCUGGGACCAUAGUCACCAAGAAAACAAUUGGUAACACACUAUGCCGUGAAGGACUGAAAUCCUGCAGCGCCCGCAAGGUCCCCCUGCUCAAGAAAGCACAUAUACAGGCCCGUCUGAAGUUUGCCAAUUAACAUCUGAAUGAUUCAGAGGAGAACUGGGUGAAAGUGUUGUGGUCAGAUGAGACCAAAAUCGAGCUCUUUGGCAUCAACUCAACUCGCCGUGUUUGGAGGAGGAGGAAUGCUGCCUAUGACCUCAAGAACACCAUCCCCACCGUCAAACAUGGAGGUGGAAACAUUAUGCUUUGGGGGUGUUUUUCUACUAAGGGGACAGGACAACUUCACCGCAUCAAAGGGACGAUGGACGGGGCCAUGUACCGUCAAAUCUUGGGUGAGAACCUCCUUCCCUCAGCCAGGGCAUUGAAAAUGAGGGAAAUAAGUAUUUGACCCCCUCUCAAUCAGAAAGAUUUCUGGCUCCAGGUGUCUUUUAUCAGUAACGAGCUGAAUUAGUGCACACUCUUAAAUGGAGUCACCUAUCCAGCUUUUAUAGAUAGUCAUCGAAGGAUAGCCUGUCAUAAUGUUCAAUCAAUAGUCCAACCCGCAACAGGCCAAGGCUACUGAGACCUCUCUCGAGAUAGGGACGAGUACAUGCACGCCUUUCAUUACAUUACAUUUACAUUUAAGUCAUUUAGCAGACGCUCUUAUCCAGAGCGACUUACAGUUAGCACAUACAUUAUUUUAUCGAACCCACAACCCUGGCGUCUUUCCUCAUGCAUACGUUAAUUUAGGGCAUACAUUUAAUGUAGUAAAUACAUUAAGGCCGUAGUACUUCAUCUUAACUACAUCAGUGUAACUGCAAAUGUCUACCACAACUUAUGUUGAGUUGAGGUCUAGUAUUACCUCCUUGUCAACACACUGUGUUGAAUGACCACUCUGUAUCCUGUUCUCUACAGGUGAUGACCUCAUGCACAAUGUGGACCUGUACAACCGGGCCCAGUCCAAGUGGUUUGAGGAGAUGGUCACCACAAGCCUGGUAAUACAAUUGAACUAACUCUUCAUAGUGUCAUUGUUGAUAACAAACAAUAAAAGCUGAUCAUGUUCAUUGUUAUCUUUGUUUUGACAGUGAGGUGAUUCCUUGUCUAUUUAUUUUUCCUCUGUUCUUCAGGAGCUGGAGAACUUGAGGUUGAGAGGGUGGAGAUGAUACGACAGAAUUUAUGCCAGUACACAACGUUGCGACAUGAAACUGACAUGUUCAACCAAAGUGUAAGUCAUGUGUCCAUUUCACUUACAGUACAAGUGGCUGUUCCCUGGAGUCAGUUUACAGUACAAGUGGCUGUUCGCUGGAGUCAGACAACCAAUCUGUCAGUAUGACAACCUGGACUCAAGGGUAGAAUACAGUAACCGUAACAGCCCUAGACGUAACAUAGUAAAAGUAAAUCUGGGACAUCCCAAUUAGUAUGAUAUGUUACAUUUCGUAUGGUUUGUGUUAAUUUGUAGCUGUCCAUCAUCCAUUUCGUAUGAUAUGUUACGAAUUACAAUUCAUAUAAUACGUGAUGAAUUGCAAUUCAUACAAUAUGUGACGAAUUUUAUGAAUGAUAAUGUUAGCUAGGUGGCUAAGGCUAGGGGUUAGGGUUAGGGGUUAAGGUUAGGGUUAAGGUUAGGGUUAGGAGUUAGGUUAGGGGUUAGGUUAGGGUUAGGGGAAGGUUUAUCUAACAUGCUAAGUCAGGGGAUUCCAACCUUUUCUUACAUGAGAGCUACUUUUAAAAAAUGAAACAUGUCGCGAGCUACUCAUUUUUUUCUAUCUUUAAAAUAGGCACAUUCUUCUCUUCUCCUCUCCCCUGCAACUCUUCCCCAGGUCCUUAGUGUACAAGAGAAAGUAGUGCAGUAUGUAUUCUGUCAAUAUACCUGGUAAAAUAAUGGUUAAUAAACAAAUCUAAGGGGGGCUCUAUAAAAUCUGUGAUUUCUUUCCCAAAUUAUGUUUUAUAUUUUCCCAAAUUAUGUUUUUUCAGUUUUAUUUUACCUGGUUUAAGAUUAUUUUUGUUUUUCACUUUCAAAAUUACAAUUAUUAAAUCACAUCAGAAUACCCUUUUUUCUAGGUCUGGAAGAAAAUGAACACAUUUAGAUUUUUGAGUGUAAUUCCCCUUUAAUUGUGCAUCUGGCCCUUUAAUUGUGCAUCUAGAGAGUGCGCAAUGUACAAUCUAAUGUCCCCAUCUAGCAAUGGUUCUGUACUGCUGAUGCUCAUUUCAUGGCAAAGUUUGCAAAUGUGACCGACCACUUCGAUUCGGUCUUAUGUCGCAAAAUGUGAAAUGGUGUUUUUUACAUUGGAUAAAAGUAGAGAUGGUAUAUCAAACACUGCAGUUGAGAAACAAUGGGAAAGUAAUUAUGCUUUGAAAGUUGAUAAACUUGUAACCCCACAUUUGAGAAAAUGUCCCUUGAAUGUUUUGGUAAACCUACUGGAGAGCUCUUCUUCUACACCCAUUCAGCAUCGUUCACACCCUCUUAAACCUUAGCCCCAACCAUCUCUUUAAGGAUUCACAUGUGAGGCCAUAUGGUAAACACAUGCUAUAUCAAAUAAAAUCUAAGUUUAUUUGUCACAUGCACAGGAUACAGAAGGUGGAAACGGUACACUGAAAUGGUUACUUGCAUAGUAGCAAUAUCAAAAACAGAAAGUAUCCAGAUUAAAAUAUUGUAUAAAUAUUUUAUAAUUAUUAGAUGACGCUUGCCCGACACACUUGUCUAAAUUGAUGGGUCAUGUGAAGGAAAUGCUAUAACCACACCCCAGCCACAUCUAGCUAAGUGAAUGGGUCACUAUUGUCUAGACAUGUACACAUGUUCAUGAAAUACAAUAGAUGGCCAUAAUCAACCCCAGACACACCUAGCUAAUUUGAUGGGUCCUGACAUGACUCAUGUAAUAAUCCGGCGAAGUGGAGUCUUUUGUUUAGACAGGUAGCUAGCUAACUAGAAAACAAUGAACCGGCAUAAUCCCAACUCAUACUACUACCAAUACAAACAUUGUCAUAGCUGUAGUAUGACUCUGCAGGUAGCUAAAGCUAACAAACUAGGUUUAAUGUUAGCUAGCUAACAUUAGGCUAUAACUAGCAAUGCAAAUGGAUUUCUGAUUCGAAUAAUAUUACUACACAGAUCAUACACGUAACGUUAGCUAGCGAGCAAGCUAACGUUCGCUAGCUUUAACUUGCAAUUUUUUUCUGAUGUAGCUAAACUCUUACCCGUAUACAUGGAUGAACGCUUCACGGCAGACUGGAACCAUUUAACUCCAUUUUGUUUGUAGCUACAUCUUGUUUGGCCAGCGUUGUGUCAAGUCACUCUGGUUCACAAUGACGGUGGAGUGUGCAGAAAGUAGCCCAUAAUUUUUUCUGUCGAUAGUGCCUGCUAAACGGCAUGGUAGAAAGGACUAUCAAUACAUACUGAACAGCUCUUGUUACAGACAGAUGCAUGCUACAUGGCAGACCAUUCCAAACUCAUCUCCUGGCAUGUCCAGCCCAUACAUUAUCUCAGCCAAUUAUGGCUAGUGGGAAGGUUCCUGUCUUUUUUCAUGGCUAAACCAACUAGGCUCGUAAUUUAACUAUUUUAUUCGUAUUUAUGGAUGGAAUACAAGUUUGUUAUUAAGGCACAUUAAAGUUCACAUGUUCCAGAAGGCAUUUCUGGCAAAAAACGUUUUUUUUAAUUUUUUUUUUUAUGUUUACAUUGAAAUGCCUCUCCUUUGAAGCAGUCACAUGCGACAUACACCUAGUUUCCUGAAACUAGUCACAAAUAGCAACUAAUAGACACAAAUGAAAUACUUACUCACGAUAUACAGUCCUUCUGCCAGGUAAGAAAUUAAUUGGCAGAUAUUGUGUUAGGUUUGGCUUUUUAAGCAAAUAGUGGGUAACCAGGGGUGGGAUAAUGUCAAUGUUGAUUAGAUUGUAGCUGGGAGCUUGCGGUGUCUGAUACUUGUGAGAUUUGUUUAUGACAGUUUGCAGUGGAAUGUGAAAAAUGCAUGUACUUUCAGAAUUGUUGCGAGCUACUCAUAGGUGGGCUGUGAGAUCGAUCUGUUGGAGACCGCUGUGCUAAGUAGUUGCAAAGUAGCUAAAACGUAGUAAGUAGUUGCAAAGUUUCUAAUGAGCUAAAAUGCUGAAGUUGUCCGUGAUGAGAUUCGUGCACGCAAACUUUGGGUUGCUAGACGUUCGCGUUAUACCCGUAACCUUCUGUCUUAUGUAACCAUACCAAACAUAACAUAUCAUACUAAUUUGAGUGUCCCCUGUUUAAAUGUACUAUGUUACGUCUAGUCUAUGAGACCAGGCUGGUCAUGAUCAGCCUAGUUAGUUGAUGAGCAAUUUUGGAGAGCAUAGUGCUACAGUAAAACAAAAUGGUCAUCAGUGAAAUAUGUCAUUUGGAGUGUGUGGUGUAUGUUGAUUUUUUAAAGCAGAUCCUUUUAGUAAACAAUUCUAGAUCAAGUAUCCCAAUACAAAGGAUUUGUGCGAUGGACUCAGAUCAACGUUUUGGCAAGCAUGUUUGUUGUGAAAAUGCUGGCCAAACAGUUAAAAGGAUUUCACCGCCUCCAAAUUCAAUCACUGUACCCCUUCACCAGCUGUUAUCACCCCCUGCUGGCUGCUUCACAGGGCCGUACUUGAACAGGGAGAUUGAACCCAGAUGCUCUCCUCAUUUAGGAGGUGCAAACACCUACAGAUCUAACGAGACGCUGAAUGUCAGCGUUUAGGGUCAUGUACCGUAACAAGGGUAGUGCCACUUUGGGUGAUGGUGAAGGCCAAUUACAGGUGGCACACACUACGGAUCAACCUAAUAAGGAGGGUGUCCUUUAGAGGGCCACUAUAAAAAGCUCAGCUGAUACCCGCUGGCACACUUCUUUGCCUCCAGUUGUAUUUGCCAAAGGCAGCGUGAUGUGUCUCUAGAUACAGUAAACUUACCCCUGUCCACUAUGGAUAGCAGUGUCUGGCUCCAUUGUACUGUGUUCUGUAUGAGUAUCUAUGAGUUAUCUAAGCAUAUACAUUGUCUAUGAGAUGUGUCAGUGUUGGCUUCAUGUGUGAUGAAGGUCCAUAUGAGCCUGUGUGUGUGUUGGUUGGCAGACGGUGGAGCCAGUGGAUCAGCUGCUUCAGAGUGUGGACCCAGCCAAAGACCGAGAGCUGUGGGUGCAGGAGCACAAGACCGGGGAGCUCCGCCCUGUGGACAUGGACAUAUAGACAACUACACUGACAUACCUCAAGCAACCAGAGGGUAACACCUCCACCUCUAUACUGUCAGAAUCCCAGGCCUCUCACAGAACAUUCCAACUACAGCUACAGGUGCAGGUGCAUGUAUGUUCAGGAUAGGGUGAGGCCUGCACAUUCUGUCUAUGAUGAUAUCAGAAUAGCACAAUGUUAUCACGGUGAUAACUGAAGAAAAGUUAGCAUUCCCAAUGCAGUGCUUUUGAACAUACAAUGGAAAAACAAGAGAUAGAUCAAUAGUCCAAAUACCAGCAUGUUACAGUAACACGAUGUUUGAUAGUUUUACUCUGUAUAAUGAAUGCCACUAAACAAGCUUAAACAAUUAAUUUGUUGUUUAUCUGUUGUAAAAUUACAAGUUUACACUAUUAAGAAUGAUAUUUCAUUUUUCUGUAUUUGAGGAUUUGAUUGGAUGCAUUGUAAAACCUCAGAAUUUUGGCACAUAAACUGAACAACUAAUUAUUAACAUUUCACUUUAAUUUAGAUAUUGGAAUAUGAAACAUUAUGUGAUAUCCUAGAUUAAAUAUGAUAUAUUUUCAUCUUUAUGCCAAUUCAUUUUACCUGUCAAGAUAUGCAUGUUUUGGGAAAAUAUCUUACAUUUAAUGUAUAUGGUUAAUUGCAUAUUUGUGAAAUAUGGUGGCUGUCUUGGCACUGUAGAACAAUGUAUAUGGGAUGUGUUUACAGAAAGUAUAUACUCCAAGUUACUGCACUCAAUGAACAAGAGUGAAACAACUCAUUAAGGUUUGUCAUGAACAUGAAUUUAUGUACAACAUUGAUACACAUGUCAACCUCUCUCAAAGUUGAACAGGGUAAGAUGAUUAGGAUUGUGAAACAGCAUGUUUGUCACAAGUCACCUCAUGUGGCAGAUUGGAACAUAGGCCUGAGUCUAUUUUGGAUCAGUGGUGAGACAACGAUGACAACGAUCCAUGUUACAAUGAACACCUUUUAGUGCCUAAAGGUUAUAAACAGUACCUGGAAUGUUCUUGAUAUAUUCUAUUCUGCAUCAGUGUAUAUUUGUAGAUACAAGCUAGAUGUAUUUUGCUGUUAACUGUUUAAGUGGCCUUGCACUUUCGGCCAGCUAAAUGUUUACCUUGUUGUUUGUCAAUGAAUUAUACAAGGUGUUUCACAUAAGGAUAAUAGUCAACAGAUUCUAAAAUCAUUCAUUUAUUUGCACGGGCACUUUGUGAGUCAACCAUUGCUUAGAGUUGGGAAUUGCUAUUUGGCAUUUAUCCUAAAUACAGUACACUUUGUAUAUCCAAGAGGAGUGCUCAGUUGGAAGCUCCAAGUCACAUUUAAAUGACUCGCAAAGCUCAUCAGAAAAAGUGGUCAGUGUUACUUGCACUGGAACCUGUACUUGUCCAUACAUUUCAUACAGUAUGCUAUUCACAGAUAAUAGCAUAUCCUUUAGCCAACAUAUCCACCUAAACAAACGUACAUAACAUAAUAUAAAAGACUGCAUGUUUGUGUGUCUGUCUGUCUGUCUGUCUGUCUCUCUGUAUUU